AUGUCUUUUGCUCGAUUCGUUCUUGAGGAUCCUGCUAUCCCGGAUUCAGCUCGCCAACAGGCUUUGGAUCGUCUUCAUUCGGAUCCUGGAAUUCCUCAGGCUACCACAACCUUCUCCUUCUGGGUCCAAAAUCCACACCCUCAGUUUGCACAAGCUUCCAGCAAACCUUUGCCUGCUAGUGCAGAUAUCGUGAUAAUUGGAUCCGGAAUCUCUGCUGCAUCAAUCGCUCGUACAAUUCUCCAAAGUCGCACCAUAUCUGCCUCGAUUCCAUCCCAUCCAACGGUGGUUAUUCUUGAGGCACGCGAUAUCUGCAGUGGAGCUACUGGAAGAAACGGAGGUCACAUCAUUGAAACUGCAGAUGAGUACGGUGAACUGGCCGAUGCUUUUGGGUCGGAGGCUGCGCGCAAGAUAAUGCGUUUCCGGUUAUCACAUUUGAAGGAGAUGCUGCAAGUUGCCAAGGAGCUUGGAUUAUCGGAAGAGGCCCAGGCUCGUAAAGUGCAAUUUUUGAGUGCCUACUUUGGAGAAAAGCCUUGGAGAGAGGCAUUGGAAAGGCUUUGUCGCUUCAAGGAAGGCAUGCCAGAGGAAUCAGCCGAGUGGAUUGCAUACGAUACAGGAUCUAUGCCCGAGGACUUCAGACUCUCUAAUGCAACUGGUGUCGUUGCCGGCCCCGCUGGUGCUAUUUGGCCUUACAAAUUUGUCACAGGCGUUCUGGCGAACCUCGUCGCGGAGUACCCGCAGGAGAUUCAGAUCAGUGACCGAACAGCUGUCGAGUCAAUUCAAACUGACUCUGCGACUAACAAGUAUACAGUCAAGACAAGCCGAGGUGAAAUAACUGCUCGUCAUGUCAUUCAUUGCACCAAUGCGCAUGUGGCUCAUUUGGUCCCUGGUCUACGCGGACGCGUUUUCCUGUGCGAGGUCAAAUGUCAGCCCAAACACCUGGUGACAAGAGGACAAAUGAUGCUUGGGAGAGGUUUUGCGCAAGGCGAGCUGGGAGGAAUUGCCGAGUUAGGAGUUCCUGGAGACGACGAAAUGAGUGUAUACAUUGACAUUCACCUCUCUGGUGCCCUGAGUGCAGUCUUUGGUCGCGAGUCAUGGGGUCGUGUAAAGGGUGACCAGGUGCAGGCAAUGUGGACUGGCAAUAUGGGAUUUAGCUCGGACAGCUUCGCCUGGGUAGGACAGUUACCCGACUCUCUCAGUAGUCGCCCAUCUCUCGAUAAGGGCAAUGGUGCGGAAUGGGUAUGUGCUGCAUUUGGUGGAGAGGGAAUGGUACAGUGCUGGCAGUCUGGGAAAGCCUUGGCCACCAUGCUUGGCUUGAAGGAUAAGGAGCUUGGCUUAAAUGUUCCUAGUGACUUAUCAUGGUUCCCUGAGCAGAUGGUCGUUUCUCAGCAGCGUAUUUCCGCGGCUGAGUUACCCAGCUCUGUGGCUGCUUUCCGACGCCAAGCAAACCUAUAG